UGGGCUAAACCCAAUUAUUUUUCUUGCGAACUAGAAAUGACCUAAAAAUAGUUUACCUGGAGAGAUAUGAUAUUUUUAUACGUUAAUAGAUGGUGAUGAACAGAAAUUGGCUUGGAAAUUAAGGAUACCCAGAUGGAUAUUUCCGUUUGUUACUGUUUUUGAUGCGAUCCCAACACCAAACUCACCUUCUAUUUGGGCUUUGGUUGUAAUACAGUCUUUGGAGAGAAAGAAAGGGAUGGCAGCAUCUGCUGGAGGUGGUGGUGGAGGAGCAGCUCUGGAUAAAGAGGCUGGGAAGGCUCAUGUCGCCAUGGCGAUGGUGCAGCUAUUCAAUGGAGGAUAUCACGUUAUUACCAAAGUGGCUCUUAAUGAUGGGGUCAAUCAGCUCGUUUUCUGUGUCUUUCGUGACCUGCUAGCUCUCUUAAUCCUCGCCCCCGUGGCCUAUAUCCGUGAAAAAAGGAUUCGACCUCCUAUGACUAAACGCCUACUCUUGUCAUUCUUCUUCCUUGGGUUAACAGGGAUAUUUGGCAACCAGCUGUUAUUUCUUCUUGGCCUUAGCUACACAAAUCCAACUUACGCUGCUGCAAUACAGCCUUCAAUUCCUGUUUUUACUUUUGUCUUGGCUGUGAUGAUGGGUACAGAAAGAGUGAAUUUGUUAAGACUUGAAGGUCAAGUGAAGGUUGGGGGCACCCUUGUCUGUGUUUCUGGUGCAAUAUUGAUGGUUCUGUUCCGAGGUCCAGCUGUCAUUGGAUACAGUCAUGUAGGCUCUGCAGCUAGCGAAAUAAGUGCCAAGGGUCAACCAGAGCCUGUUGGAUGGUUUUUCUCUAGCUUACUAAACAUAGGACUGGAAGGUUGGCACCUUGGAGUUUUAUGCUUAAUUGGGAAUUGUAUGUGCAUGGCUGCUUUUCUGGCCAUUCAGGCUCCACUUUUUACAAAAUAUCCUGCCAGCAUUUCAAUCACUGCAUAUUCAUAUGCAUUUGGAGCUCUCUUGAUGGUACUGACAGCUUUCUUUAUGACCAAUGGAACAACAGAGUGGAGUCUGACGCAAUCUGAGCUUUGGGCAGUCAUUUAUGCUGGAAUUGUAAAUUCUGCUCUUAAUUAUGGACUCCUUACAUGGUCCAAUAAGAUCUUGGGGCCUGCUUUGGUUGCACUUUACAAUCCACUUCAACCUGCAGCUUCUGCCUUACUGUCAAGAAUUUUUCUUGGAAGCCCCAUUUAUUUGGGAAGCAUCUUGGGGGGAUGCCUCAUCGUUGCUGGUCUUUAUUUGGUAACUUGGGCGUCCUAUAGAGAAAGACAGGCAAUUGCUGGGAUUAUUCCUCAUGUUUUUUCCCGGGAUUCUGAACCACUCAUUCACAAAGAUCCAUCAGUUAACAAGGGUGCAUACCGGAGAGGACAACUGUCCCCAGGGUCCUCCUUGCCAAAAUCCACAGAUUAAGCAGGCAAACAAUGAAAUGUAGUGUAAAAUUUUGUUCUUUUUGAAAAUCCCCUUUUUUGUGAUAAGAAAAUAACUUCAUGUAUUAUGUACCCUCUGUUCAAAAAUACACAUCGCAGAGAAAGCAGUGUAGUACAUAAUAUUCUGUGCUUUUCUUUUGAUCUAACAUUCAUUCUAAGAAAUGAAUUGAAAAAGAAAAGAAAAAGGAACUAAGUUUUUAUGGCUUUA